UCUAUCGCAAUGUAAUGCAAAAAUGGAAAAUCAGUUUGCUCGCGACUUUGCACCGUACGUACGAGUGCUUCCUGCUAAAUUGGUGGGUUGGCGUCGCACAUCUUUCACUACCGUCGGUCGCUUGGCUUUUGGUGAUAACUCUGGUGUUCAGUGCUAUAAAGUGCUUUCAAGAAAUAUAUACAAGUGUAUAUGUAUAUAUUUCAUACAUUCAAGUGUGUGUGCGUGUCGGAUGCUUAAUUUGUCGUUUUUUGUGCUACAUAUGUGUUGAAUAUGCGUACGCGGGUGUAUAAGUCGGUAUACCGGGCCGCGGAAAAAAACUUGUAAAAUUACAAACAAUUCGCAAAGCAUGAAAAUGAAUGAAAGUGUGUAAUUAACAAACGAAAAAACGUACUAAAAAUCAUAUUAACUGCAUAAAAAACGGGUAACGUAUAACUAAUGUGCCACAACUGGCUCUUGCCGCAACGCUUAGCUCCUCUCUGAAGGCUUUAGCAGCGCACAAGUGGUGUUUUCUAAUUUGUAUGUACACAUGUGUGUACUGUGGCGCGUAGGUGCUUUGUGCUAGCAAAGUGCUGUUUUGACAAACCAACAAUUACUCAAAAAACAAAAACAACAACAACAAAAAAGAGUGUAUAAAGAAAAACAAACAACAAAUAAGAGUGUAUAAAGAAAAAAUAUAAAAAUUCGUUGCAAAAAUAGUUUUUGUUGUUGUUUUUGUGCUGCGCUACCCGGCGAACGCAUAAAUAUUAAAGUUUCCACAGCGCGCCGCAGCGCGUUUGUUGUCGUGUGCGUGCGUGCCACAUUAGUGUUGUACGACUCCUGCGCUCCACGUUCGCUCGUGCUGCUGGUCUCCUGACCUCCACCUGCCAGCCAGCUGUGAUUGAAUGUGCCGCAAUGUGCCAUUUCACUGCCGUCUGCCACAAAAUGCUGCUGAUCGCUCCCAAAUGAUGUGCAACAGUGUCAUUGCCACUGCCAUUACGCGCGCCACGGCUGUUGCUGCUGCCGCUCCCACCGCCACUGCACGCGCUGCCACAACGAUAAACGCUACUAACACUGCCAACAACAGCAACAAUAGCAACAAUAAGAAAUAUAAUAAAAAUAUUAAAAAUAAAAGCAACAACCACAAGUGCCGGCUCACAUGAGCUGAGUGAGUUGGACUGCGGAACGCACCAACAUCGAGCGCGCGGCGCGCAACGUCCAAGUUUUUGCAACAACUCCCACGACAACAAUAAAACGAGAAGAGUGAUAGCGCGCGGCGGCACCACACAGCGCGCAAUCCCUGUCGUAUACAAAGUUAUUAUUAUUUUCGGGUUUAAUUGCGGACUUGGUUGUUUGUUGGGGUUUUGCUGUUGCGCACAGGCGUUAGCUGCACGCUGUUGCGUUAGUCUUGUGUUGUUUUUAUUUGCGCGACAUUGUGUUUGGUCGGUGUUGAAGCGCCGCGUAUAAAAUGAAAUACAACUGUUCAUGUGAUUGCAAUUGCAGCGACCGCGCCUCGUGCAGCACCAACAUCACCGAUCGCCGUCCGAGCGAUAUAAUGGCCAAUGGUGAUUGCUAUCGCCGAUUGUCGAAUUCAUCGUCCGCAUUGUACGGCAGUUGUCCACAGCUAACGCAGCAUUGCGAUUUAAUACAGCAACACCAGCAACAACAACAACAACAACCACAUUGUCCACACAUCAGCGCCAGCGAACAAGUAGCGCAACAAGCGAAACAGCAUUAUCAGUCGACACAUCAGCAAACACGUCAAUACUCGAGUUUAGUACGUACCCGCCCGUCGCGCAGUCCAGUGCUUUGUCAGCGCUGUGCCGUGUGACGAAGGAAUAAUCAAGCCUGCACACAUCCCGAUAGGUCCACAGUCACUUGCGCGCUUACAUUCACCGCAGCGCGCACAACCAAGCACAGCGCCAAAGCCGCGAAGGAGGCGAGUGCAGUAGAUGCGUCAACAGCAGCAGCGACAUCGACUACGACGACAGCAAAAAACGCGUCUGCCGCGAAAUCAACUUCUUUGGCAUUUGUGUCCUACAAACCGACGGCACUCAUCCCGAAAAUCAACCGAGCGCAGCAAUUGCAGCAGGAAUUUACAUCGUCCAUCGCCACACCGGCCGUGACCGCGACGCGUUAUUUGUGUCAGCGUUGUAGAUACAACAAUCAACCAAUCACUUGGUGGGUCUCCUGCCCGCGCCUCUCCAAUUUGGGCUCAACUCUGAGCCUGCAACAAAGCGCCACUGCCGCAACGGAGCUACAACUACAACAGCAAACAAAAACUCCAGCGCAGCCAGCACAAGCAAUACCACAGGCGCGCGUCGCCGGCAGCAACUACGAUUAUCAACAGCAACAACAACACCAACAACAGCGUCCCUUGCCCGCGCCACCAAUAAGCAACGCCACGCGCGAAGACCCGCCCACGCCAAGUGACAGCAACAGCAGCAGCAACAUGGCCACCACAGCCACCGCAAAGAAGACCGUCACGCGCCAACAACUCUAUGGUUCCAAUCGCUGUCUGCGGCAGCAAUCAAGUGUCCAUUAUCCACUCGAUCAUGGCGGCAUGCAGCCGUCACAUGUUGGCGGUGCCAGCGGCGGCACGCUGAAACGUCAGCCAUGCGCGCUUUCGCAUUCGCGUUCCAUUACCGCGCUACAAAAUAUGGAUCUCUAUGGCAGCUAUGCAACAUUGCCAUCGUCAGCAGCCGCCGCACCGUUGGACACACCACAACGCGCAUACUGUGCGCGUCAUUUGCCGGCUGCUGCCGGUGGUGGUGGCGUUGGCGCGGGUGUGAGUGGCAGUCACACAUGGCACCCGAGUCAGUAUGCGGCCGCAACACCUUGCUGUCAUCUGUACAAUGCCAACCAGGCAGCUGCGGCGCCUACAUGCAUGUAUGCUGGCAGUGGGUUGGGCCAUGCAUGCCAGCAGCAAGCGCCGCCAACGCACCCACACCAGCAGCAGCAACAACAACAGUAUCCACGCGCCGCGCUACUGCAUGACAGUCAUAAACCUUUGGUGCCCAACGGCUGUUAUUUCGGCUAUGAACACAACACACAUUUGACCGAUGAGGAGGAUUCGGCAUUUCCGGGUUUCCACGACCGUGAAUUUCACAUGCUGCAUCGAAAUAUACCGGCCUUGCGGCGUACUGGUGUUGACACGGCAGGAAUUAGACAGUAUUUCUAUCCGGAUGGCGGCUGGGGUUGGAUCAUAUGUGGCAUAGCCUUUUUGGUGCAUAUACUAACGACAGGCUUGCAGCUGUCGAGCGGUCUGUUACUCUUCUAUGCCAUAGAACAUCUGAGAGACUCCAAUGGCAUUGAGUGGGUUGGUGCUUUAAACUGGUCAAUUUCUAUGUUACUAUCACCGUUUGUGAUCACAUUUUGUCGAAAGAAAUCGACGCGACUGAUGGCAGUGGUCGGUGGUCUAGUGCUGCCGUUAGGCAUAUUAUUUACCUCCUUCGCAACGGAGUUGGGGCAAAUAUUUUUUAGUUAUGGUAUUGUUUUUGGUAUAGCUGUGGCCAUGGUUCGUGAAUCGUCCACAAUAAUGUUAGGUAAUUAUUUUAAGCGACGUAGGCAAUUUGUCGAAAUGGUCGCCAUGUCUGGCGAAGGCGUGGGCAUAUCGAUUUUCUCUGUGAUAUUGCGGGAAGGUGUUGGCAAUGCUGGUUGGCGUAUUGGUCUCCAAAUUGUUGCUGGCCUCGUAGCGGUUAGUUUCUUUAUGGGUUUAUUAUAUAGACCCGCAUCACUAUAUCAUCCCCAAAGGCGCGCCAUACAACAUUUGAAAAACCAGAGAAAAAAGAUGCAUGAGAACAAAUCCAGAGCUGUGGUCACAACAGAACAAAAAACAGUCCGUUAUUUAUUUAUCGACAUAUCACCCUUCAAAUCAACUAAUGUGAAAAUACUACUCGUAUCAGCUGCCGUGGCGGCGUUGGGCAUUUACACGCCCAUGAUCUCAAUGACCUUGACUGUUGCCAAGGAGGGCCCCGAUAUAGAAGACUUAGUACUGCUGCAGACUUUUUUAGGCGUCUCUACCACAAUCGGCGUAUUUAUAGCCGGUACAAUAUUGCGUAAGACUUUUAGAAUAGGUAGCUUUUUAAUAACCUCACAAAUUGUGUCUCAGGUAUUUAUUGCGUUGAUAGCGAUUUCGAUAUUGAGCCUGUCCUUCGUCGUAAGCUUUCGUUGGUUUUGUAUACUCGGCUGGAUGUACGGCAUUGGCUUCGGCGGUUUCCGUUAUGCCUUCAAAAUACUAACACUGGAUCGCGUUAAGGUGAAACAGUUCUCAAAGGCAUGGGGGCUCAUCAAAGGCGCUGAGUCCCUACCGGUGCUCAUUAGCAUACCGCUGACCAGUUUCCUCAACGAUUACUCACUAAAUUAUGGGCGCGCUGGUUAUUUUAUUUGCUCAGCAGCCGCCGCUAUUGGCGGCAUCAUAAUAUUCUUCAUGACUUACUCAACCGUGGAGCAGGAGAUCAGCAGUCAGGGCAACAAUAAGAAGCAUGGCAAUGGCGCUAUACCAACGCUACGUCCAUUUCCACAAUACUGCAAACUGCAUGGCUUUCAUGAGCCCGUGGUGGACUUUAAUGUCUACAAUGGCUGUGAUUAUCCCGCGCCCGACUUACUAAUGAGUCGCAGUUGUGUGAGCCUGAAUCAAGUAGACUUUGAGAAUCUCUGUCGCAAUAACGCCUACUGUGAUCGCUGGCGUAUGCCGAGCGUGCACAAAUUGCAAAACUGUGCGGUACACGGUACGGGUGCGGCACGAGGCCGCGGCCAUAUGACGGACAUUAGUCGACCGCAUAGUCCACACUAUGAUAUUGAGCAAGGUUAUGCGAGCAUGGGACGCAGCAUGGGCAAGCGACUGCAGAAGAGCUUGUCCUUCAUCCAAAAUCCGUAUUGCUGUAAUGGACAAUGGUAUUGCAAUUGCCAUGACAACUAUCAGUGGGCGCAGACGUCACCGAGAUCGCACAUACAUCAACCGCUACUGUGCACCUGCAAUCAAGGCUCCACAAACUAUUUGCAAAACUCGCGUAGUCGUAGCGUGCCUGAAGGUCUCUCCACCAUUGGCAAUCAGGUGUGCAGAUGCAAGACAACGGCAACCCCAGCAGCGACGACGACAUCGCGUCUCGGUUCUUCCACUGCCUUAUCACGUGAAGUUAUCUAUUUGCCGCGUCAUGAUCACGACUACGACUUCACGUGUCGGCAUCAUCAAAGAGGCGUUGGCGCAGCAGCGGCCACAGCAACGGCGGCGGCAGUCGCCGCUAUACACGGAGCCGCCACGACACCGCGCUACCGCCAUCGACGCUCCCAAUCGCUCUCCAAACCACUACAAUAUGUCGAACAGAUAACGACAUCGGUGUAGGCGUUUAAUUAAUAAACUUUAGAUAGAUGAAAGACAGUUGGUGCAAUAACUGAUAGUAGGCAAAGGUUCAAGGCUAUGAAGAUGAUGCACGGGCGUUGAAAUUUAGAAUAAUUUAUUGUUAUUGUUAUUUGUUUUAAGUGCUGAACCUUGUGUUGGAAACCUAGUGAAAGUAACUGUUCGCGUUGACAAUUAUUCCAUUAGCUAGAAAAACUAGGUUCAAGCCACCGUUUUCUGAAGCAGUGCUUCAAAUUCGGACCAUUUCCCUGGAAGUUCCAUGCUUUAUUUGAAAAUAUAUGUAAACAUAUACAUUUCGAGGCCGGAAAUGGAUUGAGAGAUCGUGGAUACACAUAAACGAUCGGUAUAUUAAGGUCUAGGUAAGGUAUCUAGAGGUUCUGUCGGCAAAAACUUUUUGUGUUAUGUUUGUAACGCCGUACACUUAUCGCCGUAAUCUCCUAAGCCAAAUAUUUUUGAUCGAUUUUGAGCUUUUUUUCCGAGUUUAGUCGUAUUUGGUUCGUCUGAGACAAAAAAGCAAAUUAUAUCCAAAUAUUUUUUUUCUAAAAUGUAAAAAGAUCGAGAAAUUUGCGAUUUGUUGGAGAUCGGACAAACUUUUUAAGACUGCGGAGUCCAGACUUAUCUAAAAUCUUUCACGUAAUAAAUAUAUGGACUUUUUCGACUUCUAAAGCAACCCUGCAUAUAUUUUUACGCUGAACAGGGUAUAUAAAGUUUACCACGAAGUGUGUAACAUCCAGAAAGAAACCUCGUAGAUCCUCUCUGUUCGUUUGUAUAUAUGCGAACAAGUCCCUCAGCUUUUGAGAUAUCGAUCUGAAAAUUUGAACCCGUUCUUUUCUCACCAAAGAGCUGCUAAAUUGUCGGAACGGUCAAUAUCGGACCACUGUAGCAUAUAGCUGCCAUACAAACUGAACGAUCGGAAUGAAGUGCUUGUACGGACAACUUUUUCAUUUGACGAGAUAUCUUCACAAAAUUCGGCAUGGAUUUUUUUUGAAGAAAAUGAAACAAUUCACCAAGAAAUUGCUCAGAUCGGAUCACUAUAGCAUAUAGCUGCCAUACAAACUGACCGAUCAAAGAUAUUGUAAGCAAUAUUUUGUACUUGUGAAGGGUAUAACGUUAAUUUUUUUCUUGUUGCCGAUUGUUUUUGGCUCAAAAAAAUAAUAUAUGAUUUACUUUUCGACAUCACUGUAUCUGACAACGCGAGUGGAUUGUCUACAAUGGCUUUGAAGUUAGCAGGUAAAAGGUGUGCGUUGAAAAAAAUUAAAAACAAAGAGUUCUAAAAUUUCAAGCGAAGCAUGACAACAAAAAGUAUGCACCAAAUGCUCGCAGACUACAUACUUACAGUACAGACGGUACAUACAAACAUAAACGUAUGUAUGUAUAUUUAAAGAAGAUCUGAUUCACGAAUGUAUUUACACUUCUAGUCUCUUAGAAACUAUUAUUUCACGUUUUCUCAACUCAAAACAAAAAAUAAAGUAAAGUAAAAUGUU